AUGCGUACCACACUCUUCCUCCUCGCAUCAGGCCUCCUCGCCUCGGUGGCCGUCGCGGCCCCCUUGACGACAAUGCCCAACGCAACGGCCGCCAAACUCCCCGCUGAAAGCGAGCUCCCAAACACAGAAGACGUGGAUGACACGGCCACCAAAGAGACUGCCAAAACGACAUCCGUCAGCCCAGACCUCCUCCGGCAGGCGCCCGGCGAAGCCAGACACAAGCGGAACGCCCGCGAUGUGCGCGCCCGCACCGACAUCGACACCAUCAUGGCCAUGAUCGAGGACUUGACUGGUGGAGACGCCGCCUCCCUCGACGCCAUCCUCGCUCUGCUGGAAGGACUGGCUGUCACCGGCACCAAGCGCGAGAACAAGGAGCCCGCUCACGGCGCCGUUCCGCGUGACACCAUCACGGAAACCGUCAACGGAGUUACUGACCCCGUCACCGGGGCAGUCGAUGACCUUGUCGAGAGCGUCACAAAGCGAGGGAGCAGCAGCAAGAACCCUUCUUCCUCGAUGGAAGGUGCGUCCAAGUCAGGCGUCAUCAAGCGCGAGAACAAGGAGCCCGCUCACGGCGUCGUUCCCCGUCAAAUCAUCGGGGGGGUCACUUCUACACUUAAUAACCCCAUCACCGGGGCUAUCGGUACAGUUAUCCUGGACAUCCCAAAGCGAGACAGCAGCAGCAGCAGCAGCAAGGGCCCUUCUUCCUUGCUGGAAGGCGUGUCCAAGUCGGGCGUCAUAGAUGACAGCUUUGCGGGCGCCGUGGGCGUCACCAACAGCGUCGGCGGCAUCGCCACCGUCCUCGGCACCACUGUCGUCAACAAGCGCGAUGGCGAGAACGUCCCGAGAGAAGCCGCGCCUCUCGUAAUCGGCGCUCUUUGCAAGCGCGACGGCGAGAAUGCCCGAAGGGAAGCGGCCACGGUCGAUAUUGAUGCUAGCACCUGUGCAUAA